AUGAAUUCCAAAAUGAAACAGAAACUGAAUGCAGAAAAAGCAUCAGGAUCUUUACAGAAGUACCUCACAGACACCACAUGCAGUGCUGCCCCAAGACGGACUCUUAAAAUGAUUCAGCCUUCAGCAACAGGUUGCCUGGUUGGCAGACGUAAUGAGAAGAAAUCUUCAGUCAAAAGGAAGCUCUGGAAUAACAAGUUCACCUCAAAGGCUUGUAAAGCUGAGGUGUCUGGGGACAAGAAGCAAGAAAAUGAGAAUGUGGAUGAUGUCAUUCAAGCUGUAGAUCUCAUGAUAAAAGGAAGUCCUUCAGCUCAAUAUUGGAAAGAACUGGCUGAAGAAAGGAGGAAGGCUCUGUAUGAAGUGCUUCAAGAAAACGAAAAGUUGCACAAAGAAAUCGAACAGAAAGAUGGUGAAAUUGCCCGCCUAAAAGAGGAAAAUGAAGAGCUAAUGUCCCUUGCUGAACACGUGCAUUAUAUGACCAGCAUGAUUGAGAGGCUAACUGGGCAAGCACCUGGAGACAAUCUGGAGACACUGAAGAGUCUGGCUCUAGAGGAAUCCAAACAAGAAAAUGAAGAGCUUAACUGUGGAGAUGAUGCAGACAGCUCUUCUGAAGGACUGUCACAAGUAUCCUGUGGCUUAAGGGAGAGUAUAUCAGAUCUUGCUUCAAAGGAAGCAGAUAAUUUGCAACUGGAAUGA